AUGUGGGUGCAGGAAUUAGAGCCAAACGAAGGAGCAGACAAUCAGUUGUUCACGGCGAGCGCGAGUCAUAUCCAAGAUGUGCGUUGCGUGCAGCCCGACUCGGGCUUCACGGAGCCGGCCAACAACAACAUCAGCGAGGACAACAACAACGGGCCCAUUUCGCUGCGGGAGAUGCAGAAUAUCGCCAAUAACAAUGCCGCGGCGUACAUCGUCAGCGAGAACGAAGAGCGCAACAGGAUUAGCCGCGAGUCUGUCGUCGAGUUCGAGCCCCUGCCGGUCGGGCUGCGGGUAGUCGAUCCGCUGGAGCGGUGUGCCGACUGGUUCGGUGACGAAGAUUUUCCUAGGAACCAAUUGCAGUAUCUGCGCGAGAUAGGAAGAGGAUGGUUCGGAAGGGUGGUAGAGGGAGAGUUAGAAGGGAACACUUCCGGCACGGUCGCCGUAAAGAUACUUAACCAGAAUGCCAAUUUAGAGGAAAAGGCGCGAUUUCUGGACGAGGCCAAGAUAUACCGGGAUGCGAGACACGAAAAUAUUCUCGCAUACGUAGCCAAGUGUCUACAGGAGGAUCCAUGGAUUUUGCUGUUCGAGCUGUGCUCUAUGGACUUACAACAGUACCUGAUACUAAACCGUCCCAAGAUGGCGAUACUCAAUGAGAGCGGCGUGCCAUUACAGCUCAUGUGUGACGUCACGUCCGCACUUGCCUAUCUGCACUCGCGGGGAAUUUUGUAUGGCGAGGUGUGGAGCGACGCAGUGCUAGUGCGCGGCAGUGAGGCGAGUGCGCGCGCGGUGCUGGGCCGCUACGUGCCGGCCGAGCGCGCCGCCACACACGCCGCGCCCGAGGCCCGCCGCCAGCCCCCAGAACACACGAGCAAGAGUGAGGUGUGGUCCCUGGGCACUUUAAUCUGGGAAAUCUGUGCGUGGGGCUCGCAGCCGCCCAGUCCGCCUCCGCCAUUGCCUGACUUGCCUUGUCCCUAUCGCACACAUUUAUAUCAAGUUAUGCAAUUAUGUUGGAACCCGAACCCCGAUGGUAGACCUUCGGCGGCUCAAGUUCACGCCUUGCUGAAUCAUCUGCACAGCACACAUAUUCACAGCGAAACUGCGCAAGACGACGGUUAUGGAAGCAGCGAUUUUGAGGAGCGAUGGCAAAGACUCAAGCCGAAUACGAUUCCUAAAAUAGACGAACAUGUAGCUAUAGUACACGCACCGUCCACGUCGAUGACGUCACAUUUUACAGGAUCCGACCAAGAGUUUGACAGCGCCCCCACUAUGCAGGAUACGCUCAGCGUUGAUUUAGACACGGCUGUCUCCCGAUCUAGUAGUAUAAUGUCUGAUAAAGACUCACUACCUAUUCAAAUGAAAUCCGAAAGCCUGAAUAAUCUACAUGGGUCGUUAGAUGAUGUUAGAAACAUAUAUCUAACGCAUAACGAAACUGCUGCAAUCGAAUGCCAUCAAGGAAACGUAAACCUCGAUGAUAAUAAAGAUAAAGAUAAUGAUCAUUCAGACAGUUCGAUGGAUCCGUGGUUGAAGGAUAUUAUCACAGGAAGCCAAGAUGAUGUUAGUUACUACAAGGAUGUGAGUGACGUCAUUAAGAAUCUCGAUAAUAUAUUAAAUUCAGAAAAGACUUCUAGCUCUGAAUCCAGUCAUCAGGCAAGUCCUUCGAGAGAUAACUUAAGCUUGGAAUGUAAAAAAGAUUAUCCUGUGCAAAAAAGUAUGGUUAAGUCGCCCGGGAUUAGUAAUUUCCAAAACAUUCUAGAAAUAGGUUUUGAUACGGAAGCGCAACAAAACGAGGCCUGUGAAGACGAUGACGUAGAUCGCGAUACUAUCGGUACUCUGAGCCACUCUUUUGAAAGGCAUAGUGAUUCAAUCAGCCAACAUACUCUAGAAAAUUUAACGCCUGAAACACCCAUAAAAGAUCUUGAUGUUAUAAAAGGGAUUGAAAUUGAACCUAAACCCCUGGAUAAGCAGGUAAAUAUACAGGAUUACAUUUUAGUUGAUAUAAAGAAACAUAGUGAAUUGCCAAAUGAUAAUAAAGUAGAUCAUAGUAUAAGUCACAUACCCAUGUUGAAGGAACUAUGUGAAGCCGCAAUGCCUAGUGCAAGUGAAACAAUUGAUCUACAACUGAAUGUUAGAGAAGACUGUCAUACACCAUGUGAUAAUAAGUUAACUGAUGUUAAAAUUGAUUUUAAUAAUGUUGGAAAUAAGUCAGUAGAUGAUAUAACAAUACUUGUAGAAUCUGAGGAGAAAUCUAACACGGAAUCUGCGACUUUAGCAUUAAUAACUGAAAUGGAAUCGACACAAAAAAUGGAUAGUGAGAUACAAAAUCAAAAGUCUAAUGAUCAAGUCUUGCCCGAAUCAGAAAAGAAAAUAACGGAAACAAACAAAGAAAAUGUUACUGCUCUAGUCAUUAAUGAUAUAUUUAACGAAAGUAAAAAAGAAGAAAUAAGAUUAGAUCUUUCAAUUCACGAAAAGUUAAAUAUUGAUUUUAAAGUUGAAGAACACAAUGAAGAAAAUACUUCCUUAAAUAUAGAAAUUUCACCGAAGAUUGCGAUUCGUAGAACAGAAGAAUGUAGCAAUGUCGGUAGUGAACAAAUUUAUGAAGCUGACAAAUUACAACCAGCAUUUAAAUUAAAAGAGACACCUGAAAUAGUACAAAAUUUAGUUGAUAGCGCUCAUUUUCAAACUAAUAAUGCUAAUUCUGUUAGUAAUGAAAUAGAAAAUAUAGAAAGAACACAAGCUGAACAGAUUUUGCCACCUGAACUAGUACAAAAUAAUAGUAAGGAAUUUGUGUUUAAUGAUAAUGCACAAUUAGAAGAGAACGUCAAUGAUGUAACUGUUAAAACUAAUGAUAUUAAACCGCUUAGAUCUGAUAUUAAUGUAAAAGCUAUAGAAAAUGUGAUAAAAGAACCCCACAGUGACAGCACUGUUUAUAUGGAUCUCAUUAAUUAUUCAAAUAACGAGUUUUGUAAAGACAAUCAUAUUUAUAGUGCGGACGUUGUUCCUUCAUAUUUUGAAUCCUCUAAAGAUGAAAACGAGACGAAUAAUGGUAGUGAGAUAGUCAAAAAUGAAUCAACAGCAUACUUAGAACUGCCUAGUGUAAUUAAAGAGACAGAUAAUUUUCUUCAUUCGGAAAGAACUCUCUGUAGUCAGACCACAGAUUUUAAAGACGUAGUAUCUAGCACUCCCAAAGGAAGCGAUAGUUCCGUUGAUGCCUUAGAAACUUCUACAAUUGAGAAUGAAUACGACGUAUUGUCAGAAACAAAGGUACCUGAAUGCGAUCCGGGUGUGACGUUAAUUAAAUUGGAGCAAAUAUGUGUUCCAGAUAGUUUAAGUCCAUUAGAAUCGCCUACCAAAAGCCACCACACCGAUACUUACGAUGAAAAUAGUUCAGUAGUCUUAGGGCCGUUUGAAAACUGCACUUUGGAGUUAUUCAAAGCUGUGAAAUCAGAAAUUGUGGAUUUGCCGAAAGAAGAGCUCUUAGCAUUUUCUUCCAAUUUUAGCGAAAUAGAUCUCGAAACUCCGUCGCCUCUACGCGACGGUAACUUUUUGAACGAAGUACCCGACAUCGUCCAUGAUGAUUUGCAUUUUGACGAUGUUGUAACUGUGAGUGAAGCUAAAACGGAAAGUAUAGAAGGUCAGAGUGAUAAUACUGAAAACACAGAAGAAAAAUCAAAUACUGAAAAACAUAUAUCACCUUCAACUCCACCUAACUCACCUGGCAUUUUUCUUGCGUCAACAUCACAGCAAAAGUACUUAGUCGAAAUCGAUUUGAGCACGCCUAACGAAAGCGUUCCACACACGUCAGCGUCUAUAGUUACGGAUUCAGUAGCCCCUCAACCAUCAGAUUCAGGUCUGAGCUCUUUGCAGAAAGAGAUAGAUUUGAAUCAAAUAGAAUUGCAAAUCACAACAAAACUGGCUAUAGCCGAGAACGAAAACAACUUGAACAUAGAAUAUUCUGGACCGUUGACAGUGGAAGGUUUCGUAACAGAGGACGAGAUGCUGAUGCGUGAGAGCGACGCCAUGCCGGAAUCUUACCUUGCCGGCAAUGGAAGGAGGCUGGAAGGGUUUAGAGAACUAAAUCUGGAUGAAGAGUGUGUGCAGGCUUUACGAAAUGAAUUGGAAUUGAAGCUGCCAUUAGCCCAGGUGGCGGGCAUCGAGCCAGCUGGAGACACAAGUGGGCAGGAGGAGGUGGUGGCGGGCGAUGGGAGUGAGGCGGCAGCCGCGAGUGCGUGGAGCGGCGAGCUGCCCCCGCCGCCCGAGCUGCUGCUCUCAUACCCGCCCGCGCUCAGUCCUAUCGCCGAGGAGACCGGCCAGCAGCUCUCCGCUUACGAGAACGACACCAACUGGAACCUAUCGAAUAGAACGGAGUCUUCGGAAAGUUAUCCAGAGCCUUGCAACAACUCGACUGACGAGGUCACGGAUCUACCGACGGGUGUUCAGAGCGAAACUCACGAACACUCGACAUAUACUAUUCAGUCCCGAGAGAAUUCGCCCAAUAACACUUACACCGUGCAAAGAGAAAUCGGCAGCAGUAAAGAAAUGACAAUGAGUGCCGACAGCUUAAACGCCAGCCCAUUCAAAAAGCUUAAAGACGAAUCCUUAUCGCCAAUCGAUGACAAAACCUAUAACAAGAAUGACGAUGAAAAACUUUCGAAUUGUGAGAGACUAUCACAAGUGUCUCCAUUCCUACUAAGUCCAACGACCGAUACUUCAGCGCCCGACAACUCCGACAAUAACGCGGGUUGUUCGACGUUGUCCAAACCCACCGUACCGACGGACGCUAAAUCUUCGAAGCCAUCCGAAACUCAAUGUUUAUCUAAAGCUACAAGUAUAGAUUCGUGGUGUUCAAACGACACUCUUUACAAUGUUGAAGAGAAUUUCGACGAUCUUGCAAUGGAUCCCGACAUGCCUCUGGACUUCGAACCAGACCAUGAACCCCAGAAAGACGAUAAAAGCGAAAGCACAGAUACGCUAACUCACAACGAAGAAGAAAAGGAAUUGAGCCAUUGCUCAACUUACAUAAUCCAUGAUAGCAAGUCCGACAUGUGUGAAACGUUUUCACCCGAUUCGAUUACGGCCAACGACAAUAAUACGUACACGAAAGCGAAAACGGAAGCGGCGGGAACAACGCCCUCUGUCAACACGAAAUCAGAAUUAAAUGAUUCGACUAAAAACACGCAAACCAAAGAUUUAGCUUAUGGCACACUUAUGUCCGGAUUGCCUUCGAAUUCGAAUUGUACUACAGAAGUGCCUUCAAUUGCUGACGAAGUUUGGAAGCUAACACAACCGGAGUUAGUGAGGAGAUCGCCAUUUAGAGAUGACUUUAACUUCACACCACCAAACUUUGUUAUGGAUAAAGAAUGCUCAGAAAGUGGCCCAAAAACAAAAGAACCAAAAGUCAAUAGAAUGGACAGUGUAGAAGUUACUUGUCUUAAAGAUAAUUCUGAUAGUGAAAUUAAAUCUGAAUCAGAAAGUCAAGGAUUGUUAGUAGAAAUUAAUGACAGCCAGGACUACCAUUACAGAAAUAUGGCUCAUUCUGUCACAAGCACGCCUUUAGCAGAAAUAGGAGUAGAAAACGAUAAUAUGGAAUGUAUUCCUAUUAAAUUACCAGAAAUUAUAACUGAGAAUUCGGAAUAUCUCAUGAAUAAUUUACCAAAUUUUCAAACAUUCUUUCAAUCAGCCGAGAUUAGGCCCCAAGAUAUUUCCUCGAACAUAAGCAAAGGAGCAAGUUCCAAUCAGGAUACUGAAAUUUUAUUGGAAGGCGAAAGCAAAAGUCUAAGCAGAAAUAGCAACAAAGACAGUCUGGCAAUUUGCGAUCGAACACCGACUUACGCUGAUUUUGAAAAUUCCGCAACAUCGAAACCCCAAGAUUUACAGUCCAGAGAAAAAUCUAGAAGCUUUGAAAGCAGUACAAACUCAGAAGAUUUUCGUGGUUUUGAAAAUUCUGUACGUAAUCGCCCACAGGAUUUAUCAUCCUUGAUUGACGCUAGUUCUUUGUUACUGAAAAGCGAAAGGCGAUCUAGUGAGCUUGCUAUGGAGUCCAUAAGCAAUUUGGAUCGAACAAAUCGAUCAGAAAAUUUAGUGAACAAUGUUAAUACUCAAUCUUUAGUUAUAAGUCCGCCUAAUACUAUUAACUUAAAUGAAUCUCAUAUUAAGGAUAUCAAUAGAUCUGUUGAUACAUUUAUAACUGAUUUAGAUAUGGAAGAAGAGACAGAACAGCCUCAUUCUAUUAUAAUUACUGAAAGUCCCUUAUUAAUAAGUAAAAGUCAGAGUCCCAAUAUUACAUACGACUCUCAUAUUGCGAAUAUGACAUAUAAUUCACACGAAGGAUCGCUCCAAUCAUCUAAUAAAGAAAAUACACAAAAAGCAGUUACAAGUAUACAGCCUCAUUCUAUUAUAAUUACUGAAAGUCCCUUAUUAAUAAAUAAAAGUCAGGGUCCAAAUAUUACUUACGACUAUCAUACUGUGAAUAUGACAUAUAAUUCACACGAAGGAUCGCUCCAACCAUCUAAUAAAGAAAAUACACAAAAAUCAGUUACAAGUAUAUCUAAUGUUAACGGAGAUGAGACAUAUGUGAUACCAAAUGAACACAAGCAAUCCCCAGAACCAGAUAUUAGUAAUGAUAUUACUUCUGAUAUUGAACCGAAAACCGCUUUUUCCCUUAUGGAUCACCAAACAGUAAAAUCUGACUCACCACAAGAAAGGGUUAAAAGGGACAUUCAGGAUAUUAAAUGUAAUGGGGAUAGUAAAAAGUAUGCCACUGUUAGCUUCUUAAAUGAAUCGUUCGAAGAACUUUUAGAAAGUAAUGUAGAUGAUAAUGAUAGUAGAGACUUUGAAAAUGAUUUAGUUAAUAAAGAACAACAAGAUCUUAGCAGCAAUACCGAAACAGCUGUUACUUCUAUAAAGGAUAGAGUUUCGGUGGCACCUGAAGAACAUACACCAGAGCACAUAUAUGAAAAUAUAAAGCAAGAUGAGAAAGUAACAAACGGUAUUUCAGAUGGAGAGAAUGAAAAAAUAACGUCUCUCACUGAUGACUUUUUGCAAAAUGAAAAGAAAUUCUGUCAGCUAGAUUCUUAUUUGCCUUUGCUGAGUGAUAUAAGAUUCACUGGUCCAGGUACAGAAACAAUGAGCACAGCAUUUAACCAAGAGUUGCCUACGGAACCAACCUCGCCAGAGUGUGAGCAGGACAGCAAACCGGACACUGCAACAGAAAUACUGAAAGAGUGGGAGAGUGAUAGUGACUCUCACUCAACUAAUUCUUCCAGUGGCGAGUUUAUUUGGAAGGGCGGCGACGGCCACGAGACCUCCGUUGUGCCUUCUACGCAUUUCGACCACCAACGAGAAGAUGGGUCGCAAGGGAACGAGCGUCCCGAGUUGUCCGGGUCGGCGGGGAACGCUUCAUCGGGCUCGGAGGGCUCUGAGGGCUCCGAGGGGGACGAGGUAGAGUUCGUGCCCUCCUCGUGGGACUGUCGUGCGGCUCCCGCUAAAUCUUCACUACGCAGUCUUGAACAAGCUGCGCCGGACAACAAGAAACGCGUUGUUUUCAAGCGUCAGAAGUACCACUGCGUGUACGAAUAUCCACGCGAGGUGGCCGACGUGGACGCUGAGUCGCCAGCGUUCUUGCCUGAUUUCUCAACUUAUUCCGAGUGGGACCCAACAAGUGCAGAGGAUGCAGAAAUUGGCUACGGUGAGCUUUUCGGAGCGCCAAAUCCACUGAACUUGUUCCCACGAUGGCACGGCCCCGGGGCAGAUUACGAUGAGGACUUCUUCAUAACAUCAUCGGCCCGUCCAUUUGAGAGCCUCGGCGUGAUGUCGACCACGAGCCAAUUCUUUCCCGGGAUGCACGUCAAACCUUCGCUGUUAGAACGAGACAUCGACGAUCUGGACGAUUUCCCCCCACCACCCUCCCCACUCCCACCAACAACACUCGUACAGACAAGAACGCCAUCUUUAGACUUCACCACGCCUGACUCUGGUGUCGAAGACAUCACACCUGGUUCAACUAGCACAGAAGACGAUUUCAAGACGAAAAAGGUCUCUGAUAAUGAAACCUGUUGGAGACCAGUCGACAGCGCCAGUUCUAGUGAGUCCGUUAGCCCUAGUUCUCCUGGAGGCGAAGCGCUAGGUGGUCUUAGACACACGCGAGAUAAAUUGAAACUAGAUCUACCCCCGAGUCCACAUAUACCAUCUCCUCGACACAACAGAGUGUUUAACUUCGUAUUAGAUAAACCAAAGAGGCGGACUCAAGAGGAACGAACUGAAAUCGGAACCACGCCGUUGGUGAUGACGGACGAAACGCCAAUAAUCACCACGUCACUGCCCCUCCAAAAGGAAUCUGAUGACGUCAUACCGGAACCAACUUUUUCAACAUUUGGAAAAUGUGCUUCGAAAAAUACUGAACCGGAACAGAAGGCCAUGAUCUUAACGGAUGAUGUUGAAGACUCGGAGAUAAAAGAAGAGAGUUCAAAUCAAAAGGUGGAGCCCGUUAAGGGAGAAGGUACUGUCCUAGACAGUGGAGAUGAGGACUCUGGUAUUGAAAGCAGUUCAAAGGCAACGCUUGAAAGAAAUAAAAGUACUCCAAAUAUCUCUUAA